UAAGGCUCAAUUAAAAUGCCCUAAAAAUAGCAGCAACAGAAGCAUAAAAAUCAUCCAUAGCAAGAAACUGUAUUACUGCCCUAUCUCAUCUACAAGGAUAAAAAGGAAAAAGAAACAGAAUUCUGCCUAAUAUAAGCUCCCUCUUCACAAGCCUAGCAUCUUGCUCCUUACCCUUCUACACCACACACUUUCUUUCUGGCUAUUUUUCCAUUUCUCUCAAUCUCUGUUUUCUUUUUCUUUCUUUCUUGUUUUGUCAUGGGAGAUCCUCCACGUUCGCAGACUGUAGACUUUUAUGGCAUCCUUGGAAUACCUAAAAGUGCAAGCCUUAAAGAUGUGAGUAAAGCAUACAAGUCUCUUGUUACAAAAUGGCAUCCUGAUAAGAACCCAUCCAACAAAGAUGAAGCGCAAGUCCAACUCCAGCAAAUUAAUGAAGCCUUCAAGGCCCUUAAUGAGAAAAAGAUUCAAGAAAGGCCAAUAAGUAUUGAUUAUGAGCCAACAACACCAUCAACAAAAGAUUUGCCAUCUCCAGGAGGUUCCUCUCACCAUGACAAAAGCAUGGACGAGAGCUUCUUCUCUCGGCCUUCUAUUCUCUUGAAGAGUCUAAGUAAAAAGAGUCGAACAUCUUCUCCAAAUCCUACUCAAUUUUUGGAAAAUGCAAGUUGGAGGAGCACUUCUCCGAUGCAAGAUGCCUCUCGAUCAAAAAGCGCAUACAGGAGUAUGAGUCGAACACAUUCUCCAAACCCUAAUCACUUAUCGAAAAGUACCAGUCGACGCACUUCUCCUUUACAAGAUGCCUCUCGAUCAAAAAGCACAUGCAAGAGUAUGAGUCGAACGCCUUCUUCAAACCCUAAUCCCUUAUCAAAAAGUACUAGCCGGCGCACUUCUCCAACACUGCAUGAUUCUUCCAGGUCGAAAAGCACAUGUAGAAGAAGUGCCUCUGAGACUGAAAUACCUUCACUAACGAGAAGUCUAACUAAAAAGGGAAACACUACGCCUAUUGUAUACUCUCAAUCCACUGCUUGGAGAAUACCUUCACCUAUUGAAAGGAAGUUGGCGUGCACACUCGAGGAGUUAUGCCAUGGAUGUGUCAAGAAAAUUAAGAUCACUAGAGAUAUUAUCUCAAAUGGAAUAAUUAAGCAAGUAGAGGAGAUCCUGAAGAUAAAAGUGAAGCCAGGAUGGAAGAAAGGAACAAAGAUUACAUUUGAAGGAAAGGGUGAUGAGAGACCAGGGUAUCUCCCAGCAGACAUAAUUUUCCUGAUAGAUGAAAAAAGGCACCCCUUGUUCACAAGGGAAGGUGAUGACUUGGAGUAUGGACUUGAGAUCCCACUAGUGCAGGCUCUAACUGGUUGUUCCAUCUCAGUUCCAUUACUUGGAGGAGAAAAGAUGCGUUUAUCGUUCGAUGAAAUCAUAUUUCCAAGGUUUGAAAAGGUCAUUCCAGGCCAAGGCAUGCCUACUAAAAGAGAAGGACACAGAGGGGAUUUGCGAAUCAAAUUUUUUGUGGAAUUCCCAUUGCAAUUAAGUGAUGAACAACGAAGUGAAGCUUCUAGGAUUCUACAAGAUUGUUCUUGACGAGCAUUAUAAUUAAUUAGUUUGUGUGAAUUAUAUAGACAUAUAUGAUGAAUAGAUGAACAAUUUAGCAUA